AUGCGGUUAGGUCAACCAUCGAGGAACAAGUUGCCAAAUUUCUCCACAUUAUUGGACAUAAUGUCAAGAAUCGAAGCGUGGGAUUUUUUUCCCCAUGUGGUGCCGAGGUUCAUCCCCAUGUUCAAGCGCCAUGACGAAACUUAUGUUCGAGUCCGAGUUCCAAGAGCUGAUGCUCCAAGGUUUCGAGGAAGCAAAGAUUGGCCAACACAAAAUGUCUUCGCCGCAUGUGACUUUGAUAUGAAGUUCACGUAUGUAUUGGCUGGCUGGGAGGGAACAACAUUCGAUUCAAGGAUAUUGAAAGAUGAUCUUUCUAGAGAUGAUUCGUUAGUCAUACCUGAAGGGGUAAAUGACUUGCAAUCUCAGUGGGAUGACGUGAAUUCACUAAAUGGACAACGGAGAUGGAAGUUGGACUACCCAAGCCUACAGGGUGGAUGGAAGUUGGACAACCCAAGCAAUAGACAAAAAGUACUGAAGGAGAAGUGGAGUGAGGUCCAUGACUUAUUUUGUUCCCUUAGUGGAUUUGCAUGGAACAACAUAUCAAAGGUCUUUGAGGCUGAAAACGAAGUAUGGGAUGAGUUGUUGCAAUCAAAGCCUCACGCAACGAAGUGGCGAACUACCCCUAUAAGGCAUUAUGACCUCAUGGAGGAAUUAUGCUCAUCAGAUCGAGCAACUGGUGUAGGGGUAAGAACUACAUCACAAGCUAGUCGGAUUUGCCAACAAAGGCGUAUAAAGGUUUAUUUGAAUGAUGAAAUGGAGUACACACCUGAACCUCCAGGACUCAACGACCCGGACAAGCAAGACGACCCGAAUAGGCCCAACGACUCGGACCUGCCUAACGACCCGGACGGACUCAACGACCCAGACAGGUCCAACGACCCGAAUGAGUUUGACAACCCGAACGGGACCGACGACUCGAACAUGCUCGACGAUCUGAACGAGCCCGAAGAUCUGGUCGAGCUCGACUAUCUGGCUGGGCCCGAUGAUUCGGACGGGCCAAAUGACCAAAACCUGCAUGACGACAUGGACGAGUUCGAGGACCUGGACGUGACCGACGAUUUGGACGAGCCAAACGAACAAGACAAGUGUGACGCCCUGGACGACCCCGACCACUUGGACAGGCCCAACAAACCAAACGAGUCCAACGACAUGGACAAGCGUGACAACCCGGACGGGCCCGACAACAUGAACAUGCACGAUGAACCAAACAUGCCCGAUGACCAAGAUGAGUCUAGCAACCAGAACGAGCCUAACGAGUCAGACGAGCCAGAAGAUCCGGAUGGGCCUGUCUGGUCGAGCCCAAUGACCUAG